CAAUUCCUUCCUAUUUUCUGGACCUUCUUCAUCUAACGACCCAUUUUAAUCUUAUAAACUUUACAACAAACCAUUACUCAAUCUGAUGAUACUAUUUUUUAAGAAACCUAAUGUUCCCCUGUCCCAUGUCAGCUUCAGAGAUGGAUGGAGCUGCAUCCAUCCACCGGAAGGAUCGUUCUGUCAUCUAGGAUGGAAAUUAAGGGUUGAAAUGACCUGUGUUACCUCUCAAAUUUACUCCAGCUAAAUAUGAACAUGUGGAUAUGGAUGUAGUAUAGGUAGCGGAAGUUUUGUCCUUUAAGGUGAUCACAUGGGCGGUGGUUGAAGCAUGAAGGCAGAGGUUGAGAGAUAUAGCCCAUGCCAUGACCGUAAUACUCUGUGCAACAGCUGCCAGCAUCAUUAAUGACGGAAUCUCUAUCUGGGACGGACAGACAGCAACAUUAAUAGGCAAGGCAAGGUAACCAGACACACUCUUUUUAGAAACUGGAAACCCUUGUUUCAAUCCAGUAUGGCUGUAUUUGCUUUGCUUCUUGGAGUUGGAGUUGGAGUUGGAGUUGGAGUUGAGGGUAAUUACACUAAGUUCACGUACCAGAGAAGAGAAUUGUACAUUUUCUUUUUUCUUUUUUCUUUUUUUAAUAUUCAUUUUACUUUACAUGGCAACCAAAGCUGAAAUUCCCCUAGCUUCGAUACUGUCUGCUUGAUUUAGGUGAUAUUGCUUAUAUGUAACGUAGAAUGUGAUGUGUCCAAGGGAUCGUUGUGUUGUCCGCUGUGGCGGAUGCUUUCAUUUUGGGUGCAUAUCAAACAAUGUUUUCUUCUGGUUAUGUCAACGACCUUUCAUUACUAUCGGCGAACAUGAACGUUUUUUCACCUCUAAAUCCAAUUAAUUAUUUCUCAAAUGAAUAUUCAUAGCCAGCUAGUCAAGACAACGAAGAAUGUUAGUGUAUUCGUAUAUUUUAUAUUGAUGGGGGAUUAUUCCAAUGUUUCACGUUAAAGAAAACUCCAAAAAUGCUUGCCCUUUAUACUCAAAACACCCCCAAGUAUGUCCAAAAUUUCAAAGAAGAGAAAAUUCCCAUCUCCCUUUAUGAGCUUCGAGGGCUAUCAGUCAUGGUCUCUCCCUUCAGGUCUUGUUCCUGAUGAAGCAUCACCUGAAUGGCUUAGCAAAGGAGACAAUGCAUGGGAACUGACAGCAACGUCCUUUGUUGGCCUGCAAAGCGUUCCAGGGCUAGUGAUACUGUAUGGGAGCAUGGUGAAGAAGAAAUGGGCUGUCAACUCAGCUUUCAUGGCCCUCUACGCCUUUGCCGCUGCUCUACUUUGCUGGGUUUUAUGGGCACAUCAGAUGUCUUUCGGAUACUAUAAAAACAGCCCAUUGGUUGGAAAGCCCGUUAAUUCACUGUCCAACGUAUUUCUUCUGGGACCAACACAUGUUCAUUCUAUGCUGCCAAAUGCUGAUUAUGUAUUUUAUCAGUUCGCUUUUGCUGCCAUCACAGUGAUUUUGCUGGCUGGAUCAUUGCUUGGGAGGAUGAACUUUUACGCUUGGAUGAUAUUUGUUCCUUUGUGGUUAACCUUUUCAUAUAGCGUAGGGGCAUUCACCAUAUGGGGAUAUGGAUUUCUUCAACACAAAAUCAUUGAUUAUGCGGGUGGAUAUGUCAUUCAUCUUUCCUCUGGGGUGGCUGGUUUUACUGCUGCAUAUUGGGUGGGACCUAGACAUUCGCAUGACAGACAGCACUUUCCACCCAACAACAUAAUUCAGAUUUUAGGAGGUGCUGGAUUUCUGUGGUUGGGAUGGACUGGCUUCAAUGGAGGAUCUCCACUUUCAGCAGGGCUGGUCACAUCUUUGGCCGUAAUAAACACACAUAUCUGCACCGCCACCAGCCUCUUGGUCUGGCUUGCUUUAGACAUGGCUGUGUACAAGAAGAGCUCGGUCAUCGGUGCAGUCCAGGGGAUGAUCACGGGACUCGUUUGCAUCACUCCUGGUGCAGGGCUUGUGGAUCCAUGGGCAGCGGCCUUAAUGGGUGUGAUGUCGGGAUCAAUUCCAUGGUACACGAUGAUGAAUUUGCACAGAAAAUCAGCCUUCUUCCAAAGCGUGGACGAUACAUUAGGGGUGUUCCAUACACAUGCAGUGGCUGGUGUUUUAGGAGGCCUCCUCUCCGGUCUCUUUGCAAAACCCAAGCUUCUGAACUUGAUGUAUGGAAAUGACGUAUAUCGUCCAGGCUUACUCCACAGUAGGGGACAUAUCCACCCUGGCCUCAAACAAAUGGCUUAUCAGUUUGUAGGUGCCGUAUUCAUCGCUGCAUGGAAUGCUGUUGUUACUAGCAUCAUUUGCCUUGUUAUAAGCCGCAUUGUUAAUUUAAGAAUGGAUGAAGAGGCUCUUGAGGUAGGGGAUGAUGCGGUGCAUGGAGAGGAAGCUUAUGCACUGUGGGGAGAUGGUGAACGGAUGCCGAAACCUCGCCGUCUCCGUAUACCGCUUAUUUGCCGCCGUUUAAUGCCAACCCCUGUUUAAUAAAUUUGAGAUUAAUGCUGCAUGCAGUGCUUUUAGAUUAUUGGUGAUUUUCGCAAUAUUAUAUAUCCCAUGACCAUUGUUACAUGCUUCUACUAAUCUACUGGUAAACUCUCUGUAAUUUCAAAGCAUUUUAAAAUACCAUUAUCUGCUGCGAUA